AUGGGCACACAUGGAGGAGGAAGUGGCAAAGGGCAUGGCCUGGGCCUCUCCCUGCUCCUGUCAUUUGCAUUCUGGCUCCCAGCCUGGUGCCUGGCAUGGGGAUCACAUUGAUCACCUCUGUAUUGGUCCUGUCUCCCUCCUUCUCCCUGGAGCCACCAACAAUGACUGCCAUGGUCAACAUGGAUGCCCUUCCCGAAUAUGAGAAGAGUCAGAUCAAGAGAGCCCUGGAGCUGGGGACGGUGAUGACCGUGUUCAGCUUCCGCAAGUCCACUCCAGAGAGGAGGACAGUGCAGGUGAUCAUGGAGACGCGGCAGGUGGCUUGGAGCAAGACAGCAGACAAGAUCGAAGGCUUUUUGGACAUCAUGGAGAUCAAGGAAAUCCGCCCAGGGAAGAACUCCAAGGAUUUCGAGCGUGCCAAGGCCGUGCGCCAGAAGGAAGAGUGCUGCUUCACCAUCCUGUACGGCUCCCAGUUCGUCCUCAGCACACUCAGUUUGGCAACUGACUCAAAGGAGGAUGCAGAUAGGUGGCUCUCUGGCUUGACAAUCUUACACCAAGAAGCCAUGAGUGCAUCCACGCCCACCAUGAUUGAAAGUUGGCUGAGAAAGCAGAUUUAUUCAGUAGAUCAAACCAGAAGAAACAGCAUCAGCCUCCGAGAGCUAAAGGCCAUCUUGCCUCUCGUGAACUUCAAAGUCAGCAGUGCCAAGUUCCUCAAAGAUAAGUUUGUGGAAAUUGGUGCACACAAAGAUGAGCUCAGCUUUGAACAGUUUCAUCUCCUCUAUAAAAAACUCAUGUUUGAGCAGCAAAAAUCAAUACUUGAUGAAUUCAAAAAGGACUCCUCUGUGUUCAUUCUGGGGAACACCGACCGCCCUGAUGCCUCUGUUGUCUAUCUACAUGACUUCCAGAGGUUUCUUUUGCAUGAACAACAGGAGCUUUGGGCUCAGGAUAUAAACAAAGUCCGAGAGCGGAUGACCAAGUUUAUCGACGACACAAUGAGGGAAACCGCAGAGCCCUUCUUGUUUGUGGAUGAGUUCCUCACAUACCUGUUUUCACGAGAAAAUAGCAUCUGGGACGAGAAGUACGAUGUGGUGGACAUGCAGGACAUGAAUAACCCCUUGUCCCACUACUGGAUCUCCUCCUCCCACAACACGUACCUGACUGGGGACCAGCUGCGUAGCGAGUCAUCUACAGAAGCAUAUAUUCGCUGUCUGCGAGCAGGCUGCCGUUGCAUUGAGUUGGACUGCUGGGAUGGGUCUGAUGGCAAGCCCAUCAUCUACCACGGCUGGACGCGGACCACCAAGAUCAAGUUCGAUGACGUUGUGCAAGCCAUCCGAGACCAUGCCUUUGUGACCUCCAGUUUCCCAGUGAUCCUAUCCAUCGAGGAGCACUGCAGUGUGGAGCAGCAGCGCCACAUGGCCAAGGUAUUCAAGGAGGUGUUUGGAGACCUACUGCUGACGAAGCCCACGGAAGCCAGCGCUGCCCAGCUGCCCUCACCCAGCCAGCUGCGGGAGAAGAUCAUCAUCAAGCAUAAGAAGCUGGGCCCCCGAGGUGAUGUUGAUGUCAACGUGGAGGACAAGAAAGAUGAGCACAAGACACAGGGGGAGCUGUACAUGUGGGAUUCCAUCGACCAGAAAUGGACCCGCCACUACUGUGCCAUUGCCGAUGCCAAGCUAUCCUUCAGUGACGACAUUGAGCAGGCUGUGGAAGAUGAACCAUCCCAGGAUACUCCCCCCACUGAGCUGCACUUUGGGGAGAAAUGGUUCCACAAGAAGGUGGAGAGGAGGACCAGUGCUGAGAAGCUGCUGCAGGAAUACUGUGCAGAGACAGGGGCCAAGGAUGGCACCUUCCUGGUGCGGGAGAGCGAGACCUUCCCCAACGACUACACCCUAUCCUUCUGGCGAUCGGGCCGAGUGCAGCACUGCCGGAUCCGCUCCACCAUGGAGGGCGGCACCAUGAAGUACUACCUGACGGACAACCUCCUGUUCAGCAGCAUCUACGCGCUCAUCCAGCACUACCGCGAGACGCACCUGCGCUGCGCUGAGUUCGAGCUGAGGCUCACCGAUCCUGUGCCCAACCCGAACCCGCACGAGUCCAAGCCGUGGUACUACGACAGGCUGAGCCGAGGAGAAGCGGAAGACAUGCUGAUGAGGAUCCCCCGGGACGGAGCCUUCCUCAUCCGCAAGCGGGAGGGGACCGAUUCCUAUGCUAUCACCUUCAGGGCCAGAGGCAAGGUGAAGCACUGUCGCAUCAACCGGGACGGCCGGCACUUUGUGCUGGGGACAUCUGCCUACUUUGAGAGCCUUGUGGAGCUAGUCGGCUACUACGAGAAGCAUGCACUGUACCGUAAGAUGAGGCUGCGCUACCCAGUGACCCCCGAGCUCCUGGAGCGCUACAAUAUGGAAAGAGAUAUAAACUCCCUCUAUGACGUCAGCAGGAUGUAUGUGGAUCCAAGCGAAAUCAGCCCUUCCAUGCCUCAGAGGACAGUGAAAGCUCUGUAUGACUACAAAGCCAAGCGCAGCGAUGAGCUCAGCUUCUGCCGGGGUGCCCUCAUCCACAAUGUCUCCAAGGAGCCUGGGGGCUGGUGGAAAGGGGACUAUGGAACCCGAAUCCAGCAGUAUUUCCCGUCCAACUAUGUUGAGGACAUUUCGGCAGGUGAUGUCGAGGAGCUGGAGAAGCAGAUUAUUGAAGACAAUCCCCUUGGGUCUCUUUGCAGAGGCAUAUUGGACCUCAAUUCCUACAAUGUUGUAAAGGCCCCCCAUGGGAAGAACCAGAAGCCAUUUGUCUUCAUCCUGGAGCCCAAGAAGCAGGGAGACCCUCCUGUGGAGUUUGCCACAGACCGCGUGGAGGAGCUGUUCGAGUGGUUUCAGAGCAUACGGGAGAUCACCUGGAAGAUGGAUACCAAGGAGAACAACAUGAAGUACUGGGAGAAGAACCAGUCCAUAGCCAUCGAGCUCUCCGACUUGGUUGUCUACUGCAAGCCAACCAGCAAAACCAAGGACAAUUUAGAAAACCCUGACUUCCGAGAAAUCCGCUCCUUCGUGGAGACAAAGGCUGACAGCAUUGUCAGACAGAAGCCUGUCGAUCUCCUGCGGUACAAUCAGAAGGGGCUGACCCGUGUCUACCCGAAAGGCCAAAGAGUCGACUCAUCAAACUAUGACCCCUUCCGCCUAUGGCUGUGUGGCUCUCAGAUGGUGGCACUCAACUUCCAGACUGCAGACAAGUACAUGCAGAUGAACCACGCGUUGUUCUCACUCAAUGGGCGGACGGGCUACGUCCUGCAGCCUGAGAGCAUGCGGUCAGAGAAGUAUGACCCCAUGCCACCAGAAUCGCAGCGGAAAAUCCUGAUGACGCUCUCUGUUAAGGUUCUUGGUGCACGCCACCUCCCCAAACUUGGACGGAGUAUUGCCUGCCCCUUUGUGGAGGUGGAAGUCUGUGGAGCCGAGUAUGACAACAACAAGUUCAAGACCACGGUUGUGAAUGACAAUGGCCUUAGCCCUGUCUGGGCUCCAACGCAGGAGAAGGUGACAUUUGAAAUUUAUGAUCCAAAUCUUGCCUUUCUGCGCUUUGUGGUCUAUGAGGAAGAUAUGUUCAGUGACCCCAACUUCCUGGCUCACGCCACAUACCCCAUUAAAGGCAUUAAGUCAGGGUUUAGAUCCAUCCCUCUGAAGAAUGGGUACAGUGAAGACAUCGAGCUAGCUUCUCUCCUGGUUUUCUGUGAGAUGCGGCCGGUCCUAGAGAGUGAAGAGGAACUUUACUCCUCCUGCCGCCAGCUACGGAGGAGGCAGGAAGAGCUGAACAACCAGCUCUUUCUGUACGACACACACCAGAACCUGCGCAGCACCAACCGAGAUGCCCUCAUCAAGGAAUUCAAUGUCAAUGAGAACCAGCUACAGUUGUACCAGGAGAAGUGCAACCGGAGGUUGAGAGAGAAGAGAGUCAGCAACAGCAAGUUCUACUCCUAGGGCCACGUGCGUGUGCACUGGUAGGCAGGAGAUUGCUCUUCAGCCCUGGGAAGAGACUUAUCUGUGACGUUGUUCUGUCCUUGAGCCACCAUCAAGAUAUUUCCGAAGAUGCCCCAGUGGCCAGGACUUGGGGUGUUUUCCUGCUAUUUUUUUUUCUACCUUGGCCAAUUUUAACUUAUACCCUGAUAGAGGAUCUCAGAAAUAUGCUCCUCACGUUUGGCUUGUCAUGUUCUCAGCCUCACUGAAUAAAAACAAGAGUCUCCCUCUGUUAA